AUUAUAAUCGGUUUUUUUUGGACUUUUCUAUCCCCGUCCGAAAACACCCGGUAGAGAGAUUUUGUUGAGCUGCGAUUGAAACUCCAAAAUUAGUCAAAAUUGAGUCUAAUAAAGCGGAAGGAAUAUCAAAAAUGAAGAAAGCUGUAAAGAAAUGGAGAAUGAGUAAGAGUACAUCGUCCAAUGGCCUCCAGGGGUCUACCGAAAGUGAGAAGCACGACGAUGAGAAGCCAGAAAAGGCUUUGAGUGAUACGGAGUUGGCGAAUGUUGACGCAACGGGAAGUUUAGGAAAGUAUUUCCGAAAAAGUGGCCGACAGUCUGACACAAAGAAAAUUAAGACUCAAUUAUGGGCAUCUGUAGCGACUAUUGUACUUGUAGAGGCAAAGGAUUUGAUGGCUAUGGAUGAUAAUGGACUAAGCGAUCCAUAUGUAAAAUUUCGUUUGGGUAAUGAAAAAUACAAAUCCAAGUGGAAGGCAAAGACUCUGUCGCCCAAAUGGUUGGAACAAUUCGAUUUAAGAGUAUACGAGGACCAGAGUACGUUAUUGGAAUUGUCGGUUUGGGAUCAUGAUGCUGCUGGUAAAGACGAUUUUAUGGGUCGUAGUGUUGUUGAUCUAGCAACACUAGCACCGGAAACGACGCAUGCUUUAGAGUGUAAAUUAGAGGAUACGGACGGCUAUAUUAAGAUUCUCCUCUCUAUAAGUGGAAUGGUUGGAUCCGACACCACGUCUGAUUUAUCAAAAUACAUUGAAGAUCCUAACGAUAGAAAAAAAAUUUCUCGAAAAUAUGGAGCAAUUAAUAGUCUCAAAGGCAUUAAAGACGUUGGAUGGCUUCAAGUAAAAGUUCUUAAGGCUCAGGGUCUAGCAUCUGCCGAUAUCGGAGGAAAAAGUGAUCCAUUUUGUGUUCUGGAGUUGGUAAAUGAUCGUCUUCAGACGCACACAGAAUACAAGACUCUUUGUCCAGAAUGGGGAAAGAUUUUCAAUUUUAACGUCAAAGAUAUCCAUUCUAUAUUAGAAGUUACUGUCUAUGACGAAGAUAGGGAUAAGAAAGUGGAAUUCUUAGGAAAAGUGGCUAUACCCCUAAUCCGAAUAUAUCCGUCGGAGAGAAAGUGGUUUGCCCUGAAAGAUAAGAAAUUAACUCGUAGAACAAAAGGGGCUAUCGAAUUGGAAAUGGACGUAAUUUAUAAUAAUAUUCGAAACAAGCAGAAGAGAUGGUACCAGUUAAAGGAUAAGAAAGGGAUGAUAAGGGCUAAAGGAGGAAUUCUUUUGGAAUUCGAUUUUGUCUUUAAUCACUUUAAGGCAGCCAUAAGAACGUUUAAUCCAAGAGAAGAUAAAUAUAUGCAACCUGAACCGAAGUUCAAAUUAUCGGUUUUAAAAAGGAAUAUUGAUAGAGUAUCGAAAUUGGGCGAAGCUGCUGUAGAAUCUGGAAAAUUCAUCCAGAGUUGCUUCAGUUGGGAAUCAAGACUUCGCAGUGCUAGUGCUUUCGCUAUCUUCCUUAUUAUUGUCUGGAAUUUUGAAUUAUAUAUGUUACCAAUAACACUCCUCAUAGUCUUUUUAAAGAACCUACUUGUUGUCCACAUAGUAGGCAAUCUCAUGAAGGACAAAGACGACGACGAAUACGUAGACGAAGAAGACGAUGAAGAUGAAGAUGACAAAGAAAAGGAAGAAAAGAAAUCAUUUAAAGAUAAAAUUCAACAAGUUCAAGAGAUAUGUUUGCAAGUGCAAGAGGGUAUGGAUAUGGCCGCAUCCAUGGGAGAAAGAGUAAAGAAUACGUUUAAUUGGACUGUUCCUUGGUUAUCUUGGUUGGCUAUCGUUGUACUGACGAUUGGUACUGCUGUACUUUACCUUGUGCCUGUAAGAUACCUAAUUAUGGCCUGGGGAAUCAAUAAAUUCACUAAGAAACUACGUGCUCCCAAUGCAAUACCAAAUAAUGAAUUAAUGGAUUAUCUAUCGAGAGUGCCUUCCGACAAAGAAUUGAUAAUGUACAGAGAACUUCGCCCUGAUCCUUCGAUUGGCACUUUGAAGAAGAAGAAAGCAUAA